CAACAAACUAACCAACCAUUUCCCCUCUCUUCCGCUUUGCUUAAACCCUAAGAUUCUCUCUCAUGGAUCUCGAGGUUGAAUUCAUACAGAAAAAUGAAGAAAAUGUGAACCCUCCCCCAAUCCAAACGUACAUUCUUCUUCUCCAUCUCUCCAUCUUUUUUUUCCUUUUCUCUUUCUCUGAAUCUUGAAAUGCUCAUGGGAAUACAAGUACAUUUCGCGUGUGUUGUUGUUGUUGUUGUUAUCUCUCUGGUGUUUGGAUCGUUGAACUCGAAUUCUCUUCCGUGCGAUGAUGCCAGAUGCAGAACCGAAUCGUGUAACAGCUCCGGCGACUGCAUUUGCGAUCUCCCCGAUCCGUCCACCGUGUUAGACGGAAAUCGUACUUUUCUCGGCGGGGAGUUUUGCGAUGAAGAAAUGACGAUGUGCGACGGGACGAAUUCGUUCUGGUGCGAACACGGUGGCAUCUGCGAAGAGAUUGUUCAGGGAGAGAACUACACCUGCAACUGUCGGCCAGGGUUCACCGGACAACACUGCGAGAAUUCCGGCGCUCCUUGUGGUCCGAUAUUCUGUUUCCACGAGGCGGAGUGCUUGGUUGAAGGCCAUCUCUGCGAGUGUCCGCCGCAGUGGAAAGGAAGCGUGGAUUGCUCUGUUCCGACGAAACCAAAAAUCGAUUCUUCUUCUUCAAGUUCAACCGUGAAGAGAUUGGAUCCUGCAGGAAAUAGUACUAAUCACAGUAACAAUUGGGUGGUGGUGCUGGUGGUUUUGUUUUCAGUAGGAGCAGUUGCAGGGGUUGUUUUUUAUGUGAACAACUUAUACAAUAGAAGGAAAGAGGGAGCUCAGAAAUUCCAGCCACUGUCACACAUGCAAACGGAGGAGUACGAUGAAGGCAAUUCUCUGGUUUCUGGAUGAUCUCUCUGCAUGGCAAAUCCAAGAUUCCAAACCCCAUUUGGAGGCAAAAACUCUAGACAUUGGGGAAGUCGUCCUUGGUUUUUGGUGAAACCCAGAAUGCAAUGUCUGACAUUAAUUCGCAUGUAUGUUGCCAAGGAGUGCCAAUUCAACAAUUCUAAUCUCAAAACUUUAUCAUGAGAUGAAUCCUGUUGUUCCCUUCCUUUCAAAAUACAAGACCUCAAAAAUU